AAUAACUUGGGACACCCAAAUUCAAAAGCUGUUGUUAGUCCGAUCACCGAGGCUAGUAGCGGUCAAUGCUGUCAAUGCCAUGAUCGAAUUACACAAGCGUUAUUUCGCCUUGGUCGCUCUUUUCUGGCUCACCUUCGCAACGAUGGCACUUGCAGAUGACUUCGCAGAUGCUCGUGCGAAAAUUGAUCAAGCGAAGCCUAACAUUGACUACAAUACAUUUUGCGCUGAGAUGAAUUCGGGAGAGGACAAAAUUGCCUGUCGUGUCAAAGAUGUACCGACUGUUGGUUUUCUGGUGUGCAAGGAGUCUGAACUAGGAGAAAAAAAUUGCAGCACAGUCAUCAACGAAGAGGUCACCAAUAUAGAGAAAGUUAAGAAGGAAGGCGGCAUCAGGACAGUGACGAUUUCUCUUCCCCCAAUCGAUGGCGUGAAGUGUGGAAAGGACUCGAGCAUAGAAUGUAGUGGCUUUUUAGAGAAAUGGCUGGCUAAAGACGAGGCAACAUUCAAGCAAGUUCGCGAUCACAUUUCUAACAACACAGUUGAACAGCUGAUUGCUGAUGUCGAAAAUUUCACCUCCAAAGCGGGAUUAACAACAACAGCUGCUGAUCUUUCGAAAAUCAAAGCAUACAUGACGGUCAACCCGACGAAGAACGAAUACCGCCAAAUAUGUGAUCUUCAGGGCUUCUUUUUGGCAAAAGGAGGGUUUUUAGUCGCAGAUGUGCCUGAUGUACUAGAAGAGACGACAAUUGAUGGAAAAUGCUAUGAUGGUGAGCCUACCACUAAGGAAGUUCUGGACGCUUUGGAUCAGAUGAUUUCCGCUUUCAGUUCCGGAAAUGGAAAAGACGACAAUGGAGCAACCAAACGCUCGUCAGGUCCCGAUUUCAACAUAAUUAUCUCCCUCACAGGUCUCCUAACAUUCCACGCAAUACUAUUUGGGAGAAAUUGAUUUGUAUAUUAGAGAAUGUUCUGACUUCCAUGACCUUUAAUUGUUAUACUGUAGUGCUUGAAGAUGUAGGGUUGGGGAAUGCUACUUCAAACUGAAACCAUUAUUGUUUUGAACAAAAUUUUCGUGUAAUUUUACCGGUCUCGCAGUCUCGGUUUUUGAGCGGUUAUGAUCGGUUAUGUUUCUAUUUUUUCACAAUGCUGUCUGGGAGUUACGAUUUUUUGCAAAAUUGACGAAAGUCUCAAAGUCCCGAUUUAUUUAUUUGUAUUUGCAAAUGACCUCUGACCGUCUUUGAGUCUGAAUGUCUUACGGCUCGCGGUCACAUUUAAAACACUUUAAUAUCUCGAUCUUGAAAUUUAAAAAGUCAAUUAUGUCUCGGGCUCGCAAAGGAAAACGCUAGUCUCGCCUUCUUGCGUAGUCUCGCAUUUGUCACUCACCACCCCUAGAUGUGGACUCACCAGCUGAUUGUGAAAUAUACCGAAAAAUUUAAAAACCGGAAAAAUUUAAAAUACAAUGUAGGAAUGACCAAUUUUCUUUUAAGUUUAUUUCACAUUAAUUAUACAUAAGCAUAAGUGAUAGAAUCGUCUAGAAAAAGGUCAAACCGGUGCGUACGUACGAGCAUGUACGUGACGGUAACUGCCGGUUAAUCACUGUAUAGUUUCGCCCAGUCCCAUCAUUGAGAAAAGGGGGGAAACCAGUGCAGCGGGUAUAACACUACUCGUACAUGAGGGGCACGGGUAGCUAUUGCCAGUCCCUCUGCUUCUUGUACCUUGUGUAUAUGUAGUUUUGUUCUCUUCCAAAAUCUAGCUUCUCGGGGAUCGGAAAAAGAAGGAUAACAUUGUAUGGACUGUGCACUGUCUUGGGAGUUAUAUCGUGGCGACUGGCGACGUAAAUAGUGACUGUGGUGUAGCGACUGUGGUGAUCACAAGUACUAAUAUUUACAUGUCUUAUCUUAAUUAAUACUUCAAGUUAAGCAGUAAUGUUAAAUAUACAUCCAACAGUACUUAAAUGAAGUUAGCUAACUCAACAUUUCAAUUUAAUUGCUGUUAAAUAAAGGCUCAUUUUUCUUAUGUA